CAGCUUUAAAGUCAUUCACCCACCAGCUGUGCAGGGAGUCCGGAGCGGGGUCAUGUCUUUGUAAUGUGCUGGGAGGGGACAGCAUACAUUCUGUUUUCCGUGGAAGGAAAUACACUCAUCUGUGGAAUCUAAGCUUUGACCCUGGACCGCUCCAGAAAGCAGUGAAAUGGACACUGCCUUUUACGAGGCACUAACUCCAGCAAAACUUCGCUGCUUACGUUUUUGAAUUGGAGCCGUGGUACCCUUACAAGGCUUUCCCAGCCGGUGGAAGCCUUCGCAGUAAAAUGAUAAUAAAACAGCAGAAUUGAAUGGUCAACUCUUCCGGUGAUUGUCAUGAGGUUUCAGGUCAGCAGCGGAUCUCUCAUUGGGAUCGCGGAAGGGAUGUACGAGGAUGCGUGAUCGCUGUUUAAAAAGAUUGAAGCAAAAGACGCCUGUGACUGGCUCAGAGCUGCCGGAUUUCCACAGUAUUCCCAGUUGUUUGAAGCAUCUCAGUUUCCUGUUGAUAUUGAAGUGGUGAAAAAUGAUCAUGAAUUUUUAGACAGGGAUGCCACAGAGUCUCUUUGCAGGCGAUUGAAAACACUGAACAAAUGUGCAAUGAUGAAAUUGGAAAUUAGUAAAGAUAGAAGAAAGAGUGAUGAAUCAGAAGAUGAUGAACCCUGUGCUAUCAGCAACAAAUGGACUUUUCAAAGGGACAACCAGCGAUGGUCUCGUGUUGAAACACUAGAAUCUCCUCAUUCAGAAAGUAUCUCCUUGCCUGGGAGCCCUUGCUUGAAGAGCCUUGACAGUGACGAUAUCAUGUUCCCAGACCUGGGUGAGAAACACGAGGUAUCAUCAGUUCACAGCACCAGCAGCAGCAGUGGCGGUAGUGAUAAUAUCAGUUUGCCGAAAAACGCUGAAAUCCAUGCCACAGACUUUGAGACAAGUCAACGUUCCUCAAGGUGUUCCUCUAUAAAAAUGCCUUCUGCACACUCUUCCUUCAGUAGCCCACCAUCCCCUAAUGAGGUCUUUGGAUUUAGCAGUUAUGGAAAAUGCUCAAAGACAAAGGGGAGAGGUUUAUUUAGGAAAAUGGAGAAGCUUCGACUGAGAAGUUCAAGUCAGAAGAAGAGCGGCCAUCCAAAGCUUAGGCCGUUUAUCAGUGCCCCUGUGCUUCGGGAGGGAUUUGAUGAAGAAAAAUUGAGAAAUCUCAAUUGUGUCAAUGUUGCAGAACUUGAUGAGCAAUUUCAGAGUCAGAACCUGUCGUGCUCAUCCCGAACUUGUAGCAGUAGCAGUCAGUCGGAAAACAGUAGUACUGUAAGCACGCCCAGCCCUGUCCUUAGAACACGAAGCCAGAUCUAUAGAAAAGAAGGUGGACUGUAUGUGGAAAAUUUUAAUUUGGCUUUGCCACCUUGUAGGACCCAAAAAAGCAAUGCAAAUGAGAGAGGUGAAAAUGAUCAUUUAAUUUUUCAUGUUCCACACGGUCACAAACCAGGAACAUUUCCCAAAGCACUUCAGCAUGGCAUGAUAGCAGCAACAGACAACACAUCAGUAAAUUGGAGGACUGGCAGUUUCCACGGCUACCGAAAGAGCAGAUUUGGGAGGGACAGCAGGAGGAGCAGUUCAAAGGAGUUGGACAGUGGACAGAACCCCCAACAUUUGGAUAAUCGAGUAAGCAUUUAUGAUAAUGUCCCAGGAGUCCAUGUUCACCUGAACAAUGGUGUAAUAGCAGAUGUAGGUGAUGACGAUGUGUUUGCAGAAAUGGAUGAUAUCAUGGAGCACGUGAAUGGCAUCCAAAGGCUUGUGGGCAAGUGGACAGAAAAAUUUUCCGAUGAAGGGGAAUCAGAUUCUGCAAAUGACUCUACAUCUUACCCGUCUUCUCCAAAGGACAUCCAUUUGGAGAUAGAGAAACACCUUGGGAGGGUUAAUGAGGAGUUGCCAGCUAACAUGGCUGAAAAGUCUGUUGAAUUAGAUGCAUCAGAUGUCCAUUUUGAGAGAGACUCUGGAGUUGGUUCAUCUUUAAAGCAUGCUAACAGGCGAGAAAGACCAUGUUGGCCCAGUGAGCAGAACUUGAACUGUCAGAAUCUCCAUCUGCAAAUUGACAGCCAGUCUGCUGCCCAGCUCAACCUGUUACAGAAGCUAGCCCUUCUGAAGCUCACGGCACUGAUGGACAAAUACUCCCCCUCCAGCAAGCAAGGCUGGAACUGGACUGUUCCAAAAUUCAUCAGGAAGAUAAAGGCUCCUGAUUUUAAAGAUCGAGUGGUGUUUGGAGUUCCAUUGCUACUGAACGUGCAGCGUACAGGGCAUCCUCUACCCAAAGGCAUACUGCAGGCCAUGUACUUUCUGCGGAGCCAGUGCCUGGACCAGGUUGGAUUAUUUAGGAAGUCUGGAGUGAAAUCCAGGAUCCAGGCAUUACGAGAGAUGAAUGAGAGCUCUCCAGAUGGUGUCAGCUACGACGGCCAAUCUGCAUUUGAUGUUGCUGACAUGGUGAAACAGUACUUCCGUGAUCUACCCGAACCCUUAUUUACUACAAAGCUGUCUGAGUCAUUCCUUCAUAUUUAUCAAUAUCUGCCGACAGACAAGCAAUUACCUGCUGUUCAGUCAGCUAUCCUGCUGCUCCCAGAUGAAAACCGUGAAGCUCUGCAGACUCUUCUCUUCUUCCUCUGCGACGUUGUAGCCUGUGUCAGUGAGAACCAAAUGACCCCUACCAACCUUGCUGUUUGCCUGGCUCCAUCCCUCUUUCACCUCAACACCCUGAGAAGGGAAAGCACUACCUCAAGGGUAAGCCAGAGGAAAUAUAGCCUGGGGAAACCUGACCAGAGGGAUCUAAGUGAAAAUCUUGCAGCCACACAAGGAUUGGCACACAUGAUUGCAGAGUGUGCAAAUCUUUUUCUGGUUCCUGAGCAAUGGGCAGGGCAAAACUCGCCCAUCAAUCACCAAUUCCAAAUGGAUUGUACUGAUGUUUUAAAUGAUUCCGAAUGGUAUUUUGGCAUCAAGACUGCACUACAGAUCUCCUUGCAGAACCUGCUGAAGGAGGCAAAGGAGAAAUUUAAAGGUUGGACCAGUUGCUGCAGUUUGGAACAUGUAGAAAUCGCAUGUAAGAAGGUAGAUGAUAAUCAUCCUUUGCGCUUGUGGAAAGUGUCUACUGAAGUGGAAAAGCCACCAGAGGAGAUCCUGAAACAUUUGCUAAGGGUGCAUCAUCUUUGGGAGAAAGACCUCUUCCAGUCAAAGGUCGUUAAGAUGCUGGAUGAUGAGACUGAAAUAUAUCAUUACACCAUCAGUAGUACCUUCCCACACCCAGACAGAGAUCAUGUGGUUUUGAGAACCUGGCAGACAGAUUCUCAAACAGGAUUGUGUAUGUUAGCUGCCACAUCUGUGGAUGCCAAAGAAGUUAUUUUACAAGGAGUCCAAGCAAAUGUAAUCACGUUCCAAUAUCACAUUGAGCCAGUUGGACCCACAAAAUCCAAACUCGUUCACAUCCGUAGAAUAGACACAAGAGGCCGAAAUCCAGAAUGGUACAACAAAGUGUAUGGCUAUCGCUGUGCUGCUGAACUCCUCAAGAUUAGAGAUUCCUUCACUGCAUCUGAUCCUGAACUACGAGAAACAAAUAUAUGAAACUGCAAUCUAAAAGUAAAAAGCAGAUGCUGGAAAUCUGAAAUCAAAUCAGAAAAUGCUGGUGAUACUCGUCAGGUCGAGCAGCAACCACGGAAGAAGAUAUAAUUAAUUAAUCUUUCAGAUCAACAACCAUUCAUCAGAACUGAAAUGUUAACUGCCACCCUCAUUUGCUAUUUUUUUUGUUUAUGAAACUUACUUUAAUGGUUUAGUUAUGCAAUGUUUAAACCAAAGCAACGAAUGUGCUUAAAAGUGCAUGCCAGAAAGUCUAUCAGAACAUAGUACAAUGAUUGGAAGAGUGGCUGUGCAAAGGAAAGAGGCCCCAGCCAGUUUAACACAGCUACUGAUUUGGUGGGGUGCUUGGGGAAACUGGUGGUUUGGGUGGGGGUGAAUGGUUGAACAUCUGUUAAGAGUUUGAAAUGUUAAUCAUGAAAUUUUGUCCCAAAUUCUUGUAAGUUAUGCAUUGCCUCCCCUACCUCAUUUGGAAGCAUUUCUUCUAUUUGCUUUGGCAUUCAAAGGGAAAUUCUAAAUCACAACAGAGAAGUUAUGGAUAAUUAGCCGAAAAUUGACCUAAUAUCCUCAUUGCAAACAGCCGAUUUCAACAGGCGUAAAACUGACCAGUUGCCGAGUGAUGUCAGCCUGGAUUUAUUUAAGUAUGUUUAAUCUGGUUUGAUCAGUGGGAAAGGGAAAAGUUACAACAGAUGCCCAAAAUUAUUUUGUGGGAAUCUGAGAACAGUUGUCCUUCGUAUCAAACAAAAAAUGUUUAAAACUUUGAGGUCUCUACUUCCUCAGUGGGUUUAGGGAGGAGGCUGCCUCUGGUGGCUUGAUUUAAUUUUUGCAAUGUCAGCUUGGAAAGAAAAGAUAAAGAAGUUUACAAAUUUAUAUUUGAAAUGAUUUUCAAAAACAAAACCAUCAGUAAUGAAACAAUGACACAAAUAUUUCAUUGAACCAAAUGUCACAGACUGAAGUCAUUCGAUCUAACUGCAUUAACUUUGAAUUAGAUGAAUAAUGAUGGCACAUAUCUUAAUUUUGUUUCAUUCAGUAGUUAGUUGCCAUCACACAAUGUGCAAAUGCCAGUAAUAUGGCCAUAGAACCUAAAUCUAUUUAGCAAUAGCAUCUAAGUUCCAUCAGGGUAGGUGCAUUUUUUAUCCAGUAUCAUCAAUGAUUUGUUAAACCACAUCUCAAUAAUGACGUCUAUCCACGACCUCCUCUACUGUAAAGAUCAAGCCACACUCAGGUUGGAGGAACAACACCUUAUAUUCCGUCUGGGUAGUCUCCAACCUGAUGGCAUGAACAUCGACUUCCCUAACUUCCACUAAUGCCCCACCUCCCCCUCGUACCCCAUCUGUUACUUAUUUUUAUGCACACAUUCUUUCUCUCACUCUCCUUUUUCUCCCUCUGAAUAUACCCCUUGCCCAUCCUCUGGGUCCCCCCACCCCCCGGUCUUUCUUCCCAGACCUCCUGUCCCAUGAUCCUCUCGUAUCCCCUUUUGCCUAUCACCUGUCCAGCUCUUGGCUCUAUCCCUCCCCCUCCUGUCUUCUCCUAUCAUUUUGGAUCUCCCCCUCCCCCUCCAACUUUCAAAUCCCUUACUCACUCUUCCUUCAGUUAGUCCUGACAAAGGGUCUCGGCCUGAAACGUUGACUGCACCUCUUCCUACAGAUGCUGCCUGGCCUGCUGCGUUCACCAGCAACUUUGAUGUGUGUUGCUUGUCUCAAUAAUGACCAGUCUGUUUACCUAUUCUGAUUACAUUUUAAAUAUGAAAUGCCAUGAAAAUGAUGCGUUUGUAAUUAGAACACAGUAUUGUACUGUGAUGAGGAAUUGGUGAGGUUGAAAUGUGAACUGAGUAAUCCAGUUUUGCAAAACAUUUGGUGUUUUCUAAAGAAUUUAAUGAUUUUAAUUUCUAAGAAUUAACUUAUGACUUGAUAGGUUGGUAGCACAUUUAUAUUUUAAAUCUUGUAUCUAUUCUGAUUUAUUGAACCAUGCGACUAUUUUACAUAUAUAAUAGUUUUUGACCUCCGUGGUAAAAUAUAACUUCCAUUUUAUCAGGUUGAUGUCAUAAACUGGUCAGUAAUUUCACCUAAAAUGAAAUUCAGGCAAAGUAACAAAGAGGAAGCUUGUUAAAUAGAAAUACUUUGCCUGUAGCCCAUGUUGCUUGCUUGGUUCAGUACUCUGCCAGCAUUUACUGAUUUAAAUUGAGACAGUAUUAACUGACUAGUGGUGCUGUCAGAUUGCGUCGAAAUGUGCCAAAUUAGUGAUGGUAGUUUGAACUAUUUCAGGCCAAUGAUGGUGGGGAAGAAGAUGGAAAAGUACAUAAAAAUUUGUUAUGCAAAGCAGGAUUGCAUGUAAAAAGUUUGAAUCGAUAAUUGUGCAAAUAAUUCCAGUAUUACUUUGAGUAAAUUGUUUCACAUGCUGUAGAUGUACAAGAUGUUACAGUAAGUUCAUGGAUGUUGAGCCUUGGUAUAAAACCUGUCUGUGCAGAUACUGGAUUAGCAAAAAAUGCAGCUAUUUAUAUUUAAAAGUGAUUUAUGUCAAUUUUAUUACUUGCAGCCAAAAUUAAGAAUCAAAAUGCUAUUUUAUCUAUUUAUGUAUAUGUAUACAUUUUGUACUUCAUUUAUGUAAAUAUUUACUGCAUCUUAAACUCAUUCAGAAUGUCCAAUAAUUCACUAUCCCAUUUAUUGAAAAUGUAAUGACAACUGUUUAAUGUAGGAUUGCAUAUAUAAUAUAAAUCUUAAUUUGAAGCAGGGAGUUUUAUUUCCUUCUUUAUUAGCUUUCAAUUGCAUCAAGCCGUGUGCCAGAAUCAGGUUUAAUAUCACUAGCGUAUGUCGUGAUAUUUGGUUGUCUUUGCAGCAGCCGUACAAUGCAAUAAAUAAUAGGAAAAAAACUGAAUUACAGAAAGUGAAUUCCAGUUAAAUAUACCAGGCCAAUAAGGGACAACUGGCCCUUCAACGCAUCACGUGAGCCGAACAUCAUGGAUGCUAGAAGUGCUUGGGUCAAAGGUUACCAAUACAAUAAGUUAGAUUGUGGUGAUAAGUCAUUUACCCACUUUAUUCUCCUACUGCUGAAUAGUGGCAGCAGUGUUUUGCUUUGGCUACUUCCAUUGCACCAAUAUAGCUGAGCACUACAGCACAGAAACAGGCCAUUUGGCCCAUCCAGUGCAUGCUGAACCAUUAUUCUACCCAGACCCAUUAGCCUACACACAGACCAUAAUCCUUCAUAUCUCUCCCAUGUACCUAUCCAAUUUUCUCUUCAAUGCUAACCCAUGACCAACCAACCACCUCUGCUGGCAGCUUGUUCCACACUCUCACCACCCUCCUGAGUGAAGAAGUCCCCCCCCAGGUUCCCAUAAACAUUUUGCCUUUCACCCUUAACCAUGAUCUUUUAGUUUGAGUCUCACUCAACCUCGGUUGCAUUUCCCCUACCUAUGCCCCUGAUCAUAUUGUAUAUC